AACAACACGCCGUCAGAGAGCCAGAGAGAGAGGCAGAGAGACUCACAGACACAGAGACACACUGGCUGCUGCUUCUUGUUUUGGGGGCAGCAAAAGGAGCCUUCGACGCUGCGGAUAUGAACUGAGAAAGAAACACUGGAAGAGGCAGGGGAUCGUGUUCCUAUAUCCCGAAAAUCUACUGUAAAGGUGGAGAACUAACCCCCCUAAAAGCCCUCCUCUCUCUCUACUCUCCACCCUUAUUGAGAUAUAGAGCUACACCCAAAAAAAAAGCCCCCGACCGACCCCCUCCUGCUCCUUCUGCUCCUGCUGCUCCUGCAACCGAGAUGCACACGGAGACCCGUAACAAGAAAUGCCAGUCGACUCCUAAGCAGAAGAAGAGUGCCGUCGGCGCCCAGAAGAAGCAGAAGAGCCCGGCAAAACAGAGCACCCUGACCCAGCAGCAGCAGCAGCAGCAACCGCCGCCGCCGUCGUCAUCGCCACCGCCGCCGGGAGCCCGGGAAGAGGAGGAGAAGGAGGAGGAGGAGGAGGAGCCGGCGACCAGGCCUCGGCCGCCGCAGGAGAAGCAGGAGGAGGAAGCAGGCGAGGAGGAGCGAGAGGAAGUGGCGACACAGUCUGUGAAGACGAAGGAGGAGGAAGAGGAGGAGACAGUCAUGCCGUCUGUACAGAUCAAACCAGAGCCGGAGGAGAUGGAGUGCACGGCAAAUGUCGGUGACGACUGCUCACAGCCGACAGACCUGAAGGUGAAGACGGAGCCUGUUUGCAAGACGGAGCCCUCUUCGCCCCAGCCGUGCCCUGCCGAGGACCAGACGGAACCCGUUGACCUGUCGCUCAACAAGCCCCGCUCCUCUCCGCUCCCCGUGUAUACGACGUGCACCACAACCAACCCGGCACCCAGCCAAAUCUUGACCACAACCACCUUGACAGCUACAACCCUCCCCUCUGCAUUACAGUCGAUAGGCUCCAUGGUCCUCUCUCCAGGCUCCAUCCUGGCCACUCAGGGUGCCGGGGGCCAGCAGAUCCUCCACGUCAUCCACACAAUCCCCUCGGUCAACAUGCCCAGCAAGGUGGGCCAGCUCCAGACCAUCCCUGUGGUGGUGCAGUCGCUGCCCGUCGUCUACACCACCAUGGCUACUGACAGCGUCGCCACGGCAGCCAUCACAGUGCCGCUCAUAGGCAGCGACGGGCGCUCAGAAGGAUCUGUUCGCAUUAAGCCCGGUUCAACGUCUCCGGUGGAGUAUCAGAGCGACAGCGAUGCAGAGAGCGGUACGGAGUCUGGAUCGGCCUCCCUCAGCGCGCAGAGCCUCGACGCCGGGUCGGUUAUGGACUUAGAGCCCGUCGAUCCAGAUUCGCCAGACAUCAAGAGGAGGCGGAUCCACAUGUGUGACUAUGAAGGCUGUAAAAAAGUUUACACCAAGAGCUCCCACCUCAAAGCCCACCGGAGGAUACACACAGGAGAGAAGCCCUACCACUGCACCUGGGAGGGCUGCACCUGGCGCUUCGCCCGCUCCGACGAGCUGACUCGACAUUUCCGCAAGCACACCGGAAUCAAACCUUUCCGCUGCACUGAGUGCGACCGCUCCUUCUCCCGGUCCGACCACCUCUCCCUGCACCGCCGCCGCCAUGUCAUGAUGUGAACUCUGACCUCCGAACACCCCCCCACAGCUCCCCUACAAACCAACCUCUCACCCCUUGACAAAGUCCCUCACAGCACAUCUUGUACCAGUGCCCCCUCCCUGCCCCACAUCUGGAUUGGAAUCAGCUGAUAGAAAAAGACACUGUACCUCCUUCCUCCUCCUCCUCCUCCUCCUCCUCUUCAUCUUGAAAUCACAGGAAUAUCAGGAAUGCGUCUGUGCAUUUGUGUGUGUGUGUGCACAGUGGAGGCUCGUCAUCAUCACCAUCAUCACCGUCCAUCCAACUCAUAAACAGUCCCCUCCCCACCAUCCUCCAACUAACUCCACCCGUCACACGAGACGUCUCCUCCUCAGACAGAAGGAUGGACUGAAGGGACGUCCAUCCAUUCAUCACAUCCAUCCAUCCAAAGGAGAGGAGGAGGAGGAGGAGGAGGAAGAGGAGGAGUGACAUAUGUGUGUUGUUUUUGAAGGGGAUGUCACUUCAGCUGCCCAGACAAUAUUCAUUCUGUACAUAUCCAGAGUUGGGAGCUUAUGUGACUCCCAAAAAAUGCCUCAAACAGUCCCUUGUCAGCACGGGAACUUUUCCAGGAACUUUACCUUUCUUUCUAUUUUGGACUUGAGGAACUAUGGCAAAAUUAUUGAUCUAAAUCAGGAGCUAUCUGAUCAAAGAACAGGUAAAUAAGACUACAAAAAGUCUGAUAUUUGAUCGGUGCUGUGGACACAUUUCGGUUGGUACCAAAAAAGUAUUAAAAUUCAAUUCCUUGGCACAGAGUUGCUGAGCCCCCCCAAAAAGUCCCUGCUUGUCUAAUGGCCCAGGAACUAUCGGGGUGUUGCAGUAAUAAAUAACAAAACCAACACAAUGAUUCUGGUUUUGUUUCAUCACUCAAACAAAUACGCAAUUGGACUUCUUUGCCGGGUUUUCCAGAAGCAGUGGAAAUGUGCAAAAGAUGUUCUUAUAGUUCCUGGUACUGUUUGUUUGAAAAGGGUCUAAAACAACCAGUUUGAUUCUAUCAAGUUUUAAUCACAAACUAAACUAUAAUGGAUGUUGAAAGUAAAGGCUUCCCUUCUGUGUGCAUAUCAGUACACAGCAGCUGAAGUGACGUCAAACAGAUGUUUCCUCUUUUCGGCAAACAUCUGUCUGAGGAUCUAAAAGUAGAUUUAUUUGUCCCCACCCCUAUCAACCCCACCCUCUCCUGGUACAGGGAGCUACAAGACUGUGAACUUUAUAAACAUUUGUUUUCAUUGUAUCAAUCAAAUUAUUGUCAUUUGCGUGUUCUCCCCCGCACACACCUCCCUGAUUGUUCUUCGAUAACAGUAUUUGCUUUUUAAUGCGUCGUUGUUGCUGUCGUCUUCUGAUAUACGGCCUUCAGUUCUGUCUUUUCUUUUCCCUUCUUCUUCUUCGCCAGGUUUGGCACUCUUAACAGAAUGGCAUCCUUUCUAAGAAAAAACUAAUCCAGAUUCUUUUUGUUGUUGUUGUUGUUGUUGAGGCUGUAAAAGACCGAGGAGACACAAAUAGUUUGAGAUUACAAGUAAAACUCUCGCGCAGGGAAUAGGGGAGCUUUUCUGAGUGUGUGUGUUUUGCGUGCGUUGUUCGUGUGUGUGUGUGUGUGUGUGUGUGUGUGUGUGUGUGUCUGAUGGUGAGUGUGCAUGUUUUGAGACAAACA